AUAAAUUGCAAUGAAUGUGAAAAUACAUCAAGAAAUAAGGAAAUAUCAGAAGAAUUUGAAGCUGACUCUAUGGAGUCUCCGGUGGAUUUGACAUUUACGACUACCGAUUUUAAAGAUGAACGUGGAAUCACUGAUGUAUCUCAGAUAAACUCGGAGAGAAAUACAGAAAAUGAGUGGUUCAGUAAAAAACAAAAGAAGAAGAAAAAAAAGGAUUACCAACCCAAUUAUUUCCUAUCCAUUCCUAUCACCAACAAAGAGAUUAUAAAAGGAAUUAAGAUUUUGCAAAAUGCAAUAAUAAAACAAGAUAAGCGACUGGCCAAAGCAAUGACCAGUGAUGGAUCCUUUCAUAUUACCCUACUGGUGAUGCAGUUACUAAAUGAAGAUGAAGUAAACAUUGGUAUUGAUGCACUUUUGGAAUUAAAACCAGUUGUAGAAGAAAUUCUCCAAGGAAAACAUUUGUCUCUGCCCUUUCAAGGAGUUGACACUUUUACCAGUCAGAUUGGAUUUGUGAAGCUGGCAGAAGGAGAUCACAUAGACCUGCUUUUGGAAAUAGCAGAGGCUGCAAAAAAGACAUUUCAAGGAAAAGGGAUCUUGGCAGGGGAAAACAGAAGUUAUAAACCUCACUUGACCUUCAUGAAGUUGUCCAAAGCACCAUGGCUCCGGAAGAAGGGAGUGAAAAAAAUAGAUCCUGAAAUUUAUGAAAAAUUUAUCAGUCACAAAUUUGGAGAAGAGAUGGUGUAUCGCAUAGAUCUUUGUUCCAUGCUGAAGGAAAAACAAAGUAAUGGCUAUUACCACUGUGAGUCUUCCAUUGUGAUUGGCAAGAAAUCUGUUGGAAUUCGGGACUUAACUAAUGAAGCUUUGCAUCAAGAAAGAAUGAGUCUAAAGGCCAAAGUGAAACAGAUAAAAGAACUUUUAUUAAAGCCUGAGACUCAGGCCAAAAUUAGGAGGGAGCUUUUUGAAGGAAGACCGAUCAACAGCAGUAAUCAAGGAAGUGAUGUUGAUUCAGCACUCCUUUGACAUAGCUCUUCUGUGGCUAUGAUGGCACCAUAGUUUAUGAAAUCUUUCAGUUUAUUAAAUAGCUCUUUGGCAAAGACCAAUGAAGUGUUCCAAUAGUGUCUAAGGCAAACCAACAUUUGGUAAGGAAUUAACAAUUUCUUGCUAAAGAAGAAGGAUUCUACCCCGGUUUAGUGUUUUAGAAUAUUUGUUUCAGUUACCUUGAGUUAUAUUAUAGAAAGGACUUCUUAACUAGCUAUUGUGUGAUGUUCUACGGGUCUUCACAAACAAAAGAUAGACUAUGGAAAAUAGAUAAAAAAAAUAGUGUUUUAAAGGUCACUUCCUUCUAUGGAGAUGGUUUUUGUUGUAUCAAAAAAAAGCACUAUCUAGAUGUGUCUAUAUCUAGUGUUACUUUUAAUGGGGAUCUGAAUGUUUAUUGAAUACUAGUACUUGAAUGAACAUUUACAAAUGUACUUACUGCAAUCACUGGCUAAGAAUGUUUUAUAAUAUCCAUAUGUAUUAUUUUUCAAUGAUCAAAAUGUAGCUUGCCUUUUCAUUUCUUAAUGUAUAAAUUUUGGGAUUUUUAUUUUCUACUUUUUUGAAGAUUAGUCCCAGAUCUUUGCAUAUCCCGUAUAGACUGAAUUUGUUUGCACUGGUUCAUUUUUAAAGAGAACUCUUGAAAAUUCCCCCCCCACAUACACACAUGAUAAUUAUUGGUAACAGUAUUUCCUACAAUGAUUGUACAAUUGCUGCUACUAAAGAUCAUGAGGGAGGGGGAAAUUAUUAGACUUCAAAUAUGUAAUCAUUUCAAAUAGAAAUCCAGUUUACUUACGGAUUUUAACUAUUUUUUCACUGGGUAAAUUAUAUUACUUUUAUUUAUAAAUGAGUUUAUGCGUUUUCAUUCUUCUGAAUAAACAUUCUUCCCCCUUGUUACCUCUCAUUUUUUUCCCCUCUUGGAAGUUUUGGGUUAU